GUCUAGAGUCUGUCUGUCAGGCCGUUCUCAAACUGUCCAGGGUUUUGAGCUCCCAGAGUCUGCACAACCAGAGCCCUUCUCCAUCCAGUCACAGUGAUGUACCUGACAUGUCCACCAGGGGGCGAGUCCCUCUGGACCUGCCCACCAUGCUAACGGUCCUAGCCCAGACGGAGACCGCCCUGCAGUGGAGGCACCAGGAAGUACAGGAGGCUGAGGCUAGUGUGCGAAGGCUGGGUGAGGAGCGAGCAGUGCUGGAGCAGACAAUCCGUCAUCUGGAGGGCGAAACCAAGGAGCUGCAGACUCAGAGAAUACAUGAAGGACAGGAGCUCCGGGACACACAGGACAGACUGCUCAGUGAGACAAAGAUGGUGGCGUCCCUGAUGACCCAGCUGGGGGAGGAGGAGAGGAGGAGUGAGGAGAGAAGGAAGGAGAACGAGCAACUGAGACAAGAGAGAGAGAGGGAGGAGGAGAGGAGGGAUGAGCUGGAGAAAGACAGACAGAGACGCCUGGAGGCUGAGCUGAUAGAGAGUGCCCAGUUGAAGGAGAGGGAGGCCCGGAUGCGCAUGGAACUGCAGGGGGCGCUGCAGAGGGAACAGUUGGACAGAGAGAGAGCAGAAGAAGAAGCUGCUGAUGCUAAGGAUGCCCUCAGCAAGGCCCGAGAGUCAGUCUUAACCCUGUCGUCCAAUCAGACCCUUCUGAAGCGACAGGUGUCAGAAAGCCGUGACACCUUGGAGAAGAUGGCUGCCUUAAACGAAAACCUGGCCAAAGACAAGAGGGAGCUCAAUGCCCGGGCACUGCAGAUGGAGAUGGAGAUAGCUGAUCUCCAGGCGCAAACACAGGGACUAGAGUCUGAGGUUAUGACCAUUCGUAGGGAGCUUAAGAACCAAUCCAACGAAACAACAGAGUUAAGGACUCGUCAAGGAUCAGAGCUGGCCUCCCUGAGGGACAGAGAGAGGGAGCUGCUGAGAAAGGGAGAUCAACUGAUGGACAGAGAGAGGGAGCUGGCGAGAGAGGUGGAGAUCUUGAGGGAGGAGAAAGAGAGAGAGGUCACCACUCUAAUGGAGGAGCACAGUUCUCUGUGUGUUGAGCUGCGGGGUGUUCAGGCAGAGCUGAGCAGAGGGACAGAGCAGCGGAGGGGAGCAGAGAGGGAGAGGGAAGAACUGUGCCGAGAGAACCAGCAUCUGCAGGGGAGGAUCCUCUCACUGGAGACAGAGAGGGAAGAACUGUGCCGAGAGAACCAGCAUCUGCAGGGGAGGAUCCUCUCACUGGAGACAGAGAGGGAAGAAUUGUGCAGAGAGAACCAGCAUCUGCAGGGGAGGAUCCUCUCACUGGAGACAGAGAGGGAAGAACUGCUGCAGGACACACAGGAACUCCGGGCCGCCACGGGGGCCCAGCAGAGCCUCUUGAGUCAGGUGCAGCAGCAGCUUUCUGGGGUGGAGGUAGAGAGGGGUCAGCUCCAACUGCAGGUCUCCACCCUGCUCCAGACUAAGGAUGUUCUGCAGGGGGAGAUCCACUGUAUGCAAGGAGAAAUGGAGAGAGGGAUGAGACAGCGAGAGCAGGAGAAACAGGAGGAGCAAGAGGACCGAGAGAGGACCCAGAGAGAGAGGGAGGUCUGUCUCUCUGACCUGGAGAGGCUGCAGAAUGAGGUGGAGAAGAGGAGGAAUGAAGAGGAGGAGCGAGAGGAGGAGAGGAUGGGAUGGCAGAGGGAGAGAAUGGCAUUGAGUUCUGAGCUGGGAAACAGAGAUGGCGAGGUGGUGGCCUUGAAAAACAGGAUGGAGGGAUUGGAGAAGGAGAAGGAGGAGAUGUCCUGUCUCUUAGACAAGAGAGCUGGAGAGCUGGAGAGUCUUCAGACUAAACUGACAUCAGAACACAGGAGCCAUGAACAGAAACAGAGGGAACUGAAAGAGGAGGGAGAAAGGUGUCGGGAGAGAGCAGAGGAGUUGGAGAGAGAAAAGAACAGACUGAAUCGGAGACUGUCAGACGUAGAGAAGAAAGACAGUGAACAAGUGAAGACUGUGAAAAGAGAGAGGGAUGAUCUAGCUGGACAACUGAAAAAGGAGUUGACAGAGAGGAGGAAGAAAGACCAGGAAAUAGAGGAGCUGAAAACUAGACUGAUCUCUCUGGAGGAAGAAAGAGAAGGUCUAGAGGCAGAAAAGGAUGAAAUGAUUCAGAGGUUCAAAGAAAGAGAACAGAGAGUGAGUGAACAACUAACAGAUGCACAACGAGAGAUGGAGAAUAUGGAGGAACUGAGGAGAACAACAGAGGAGGAGGUGACAGAGCUGAGAGCCAGACUUGUACCUCUGGAGGAAGGCAGAGAGAGACUCCUGAAAGAGUUACUUGGAAUGGAGAGAUUAAAGGGUAACUUGGAGGCUUUAGAAGCAGACAAUGCAAAACUCAGGGACAGGGAGAGGGAGAGACACCAAGAAGAGGAGAACCGGAGGAAAAAGAGGGAAGUGGAGGAGAAGGAGCGAGCAGAGAGACUGAAAGGACAGCUGGGGAGGAAAGAUGCAGAGGUACAGGAGAUCCAAAACAGGAUGGAGGGAUUGGAGAAGGAGAAGGAGGAGAUGUCCUGUCUCUUAGACAAGAGAGCUGGAGAGCUGGAGAGUCUUCAGACUAAACUGACAUCAGAACACAGGAGCCAUGAACAGAAACAGAGGGAACUGAAAGAGGAGGGAGAAAGGUGUCGGGAGAGAGCAGAGGAGUUGGAGAGAGAAAAGAACAGACUGAAUCGGAGACUGUCAGACGUAGAGAAGAAAGACAGUGAACAAGUGAAGACUGUGAAAAGAGAGAGGGAUGAUCUAGCUGGACAACUGAAAAAGGAGUUGACAGAGAGGAGGAAGAAAGACCAGGAAAUAGAGGAGCUGAAAACUAGACUGAUCUCCCUGGAGGAAGAAAGAGAAGGUCUAGAGGCAGAACUGAAGAAAAUACAACUACGUGAGGAAAGGAUGAUUGCUACAGAGAGGGAAAACUCCCAGCUUAGAGAGAAGGAGGAGGAGAGACAGACAAAGAGGGAGGAGGAGAGAAGGAGCAGAGAGCAGCAACUGGGGGCACAGCUGGAGCUGAGAGGUGGAGAGGUGGAGGUCCUGAGAGUCCAGCUCAGCAUGAUGGAAGAGGAGAGAGAUCAGGGAAAGAGAGACCAGAGGAAACUAGAGGACAAGCUGGAAAGACUGAUGACCCAGCUAAGCGAGAGAGACAAAGAGGUGGAAAAACUGUGGGGUGACCUGAGAGAAAAGGAGGGAGAGAUUGGGAGGCUCUGUCAGGAGGGAGAGGGGGCAGGGGCUGUGCUGAGGCAGAAAGAGGCAGAGCUGAAGAAGAUAAAAGAAAGACUGCACCACAUGGAGUUCUCCCAGAAACAUGUCUCAGACCAACUGAAGGAGACUGAAUCCAUCCUAGAGAUGGAGAGGAGAGCGAGGGAGGAGGAGAUGCAUCUGGCCGAGGAGACGAGGGGGAGGGAGCUGAAACGGGCACAAGAAACAGAGGAGAACAACGAGACACUGGAAGAAGAGGUGAAGAAAUUGACAGUAAGAGUGGAGGAACGAGUCAGAGCGGUAGAAAGGCUCACUCAACUCCUAAAAGACAGAGAAGAAGAGGUGGAAGACCUUAGGGCCAGAUCAUUAGAGACUGUUGGAGAAAAGGAGAGACUGAAAGAGGACUUGAAAAGGAGCCUGCUGGAGAAGGACAGACAAAAGGAGACAUUGAGAAGAAGCGAGGAGGAGAGGGAGUGGUUGGGUGCCCAGCUGAGAGAGGAGCAGGCAGAGGGAGAGAGACUGAGGUCCAGAUUAGAGGAGGUGAAAAAAGGACUGCUGCAUGAGGACAAAGGGGGUCAGGCGCAGAGGCUGGGGGCCCAGGUCAAAGCCCUGCAGGAGGAGAGAGACGACCUCCUGGCUGAGGUGAGGAAGAAAGAGAGAGAGGCAGGGAGCCUGAAAGACGAGACUCACAGGGAGAGGAGAGAGAAGGAGAAGACUAGAAAAUCCCUGAGGAGGAGAGAAGAGGAGCUGAAGGAGGUGCAUGAGAGCAGAGAGAUGCUGGCACUCAGUCUGGCCACUCUGAGAGAACAGGUCACAGAGCUGACCAGCAGCAGGGAGAGGAGCAAGAAGGAGGUGCAGGAGAAGGAAGAUGAUAACCAGAAGAUGAGACAGGGUUUGAAGACUGCCAUCCAGGAGGUGGCUACCCUGAACCAACUGCUGGAGGAGAGCCACAAUGAUAGGGAGAGGCUGAGGAGCCUCCUGCUGGAGAGGAAAGAGGAGCUGUUGAGGAGCAGGGGGGAAAGCGUGCGUACUGCUCGGGGGGAGGUUGACAAUCUGCGAGGGAGGACGAGGGCUGUUGAGCAGGAAAAGAUGGAGGUGGAGAGAAAGCUCAGAACCAGAGAGGAGGAGCUAGAGGAGGCCCUGAGGGAGAAGAAGAGGCUGGAGAGGAAACAGGAGGAGCUGGAGGAGGCCCUGAUAGAGAAAGAGAGGCUGGAGAGGAAAAAGGAAGAGCUGGAGGAAGCCCUGAGAGAGAAGGAGAGGAAACAGGAAGAGCAGGAAGAGGUUUUGGUUGAGAAGGAGGCUGAACUGACCGCUGCCAGGGUCCGACUGGACAUCAUGGAGGAACAGAGGUCAGAGUUAAACUCUUUGGCUGCCCUGAAGAGUCAGGAGAUCCUCCAGCUCAGAGUGAAGAUACAGGAGGCAGACGAAGAGAGAGAAAAGAAGAUACAUGAGAUGAGACAGGAAGAGGAACAGAAAUGCCAGCAGAGAGAAGCAGCAGUGAAGAAGGUUUUCAUUCAGAGGCUGCAGGAGAUAGAGGCCGACAUCAUGAAGGAAAGAGCGAAGAGAACAGAGAGUCUGACACCAGCUGAGCAGGAUGCUCUGAGGGCAGGAGCACUGCUGACUGACAUGCUCAGACAGAAGGAGAGCGGGCUUGACAGGGUGAGAGAAAAAGCAUUCGGAGAGGAGAAAGACAAGUUGAAACCACAGGGCCUGCUCCAGGAGAGGAGGAGAGACACAGAAGAACUGAAACCACAGGGCCUGCUCCAGGAGAGGAGGAGAGACACAGAAGAACUGAAACCACAGAGCCUGCUCCAGGAGAGGAGGAGAGACACAGAAGAGAUGGAUGGAGAGAGGAUGUUGAGAGAAAUCGGGGAACAGAGAGAGGAGCUGGAACAGAAGAGAAGAGGAGGAAGUCAUGGGGAUCCAGGAAAAGACGCCUGGCUGAAGAAUGAGGUAGAAGUGCUUCUCAUGAGGGAGAGAGUGGCGUCUUUGCUCCUGGACAAAGAGGAGAGCGUCAGGCUGUUGAAACAGAAGGAGGCAGAAGUCAACAUGCUGACAGAGGAGCGAGAGGAGAGCAACAGGCUGUUGAAACAGAGGGAGGCAGAGGUCUACACCCUGAGGGAGAGUCUGGAAGAGCUAGGAAAGGACAGAGACCGCAUCAGAGCUGCCCUGGAGAAAACCGAGGCUGCUCUGAUUGGCUAUCAGGACAGGGCCCACCAGCAGGAGAAGACAAAGGGGGCGGUCUCUGAAAUGGGUCCAUCUCAGGUGGGAGAUGGAGUUCAGGAUCUGUCUGCACAGCACGGAGACCGUACUGCUGAAUCAGUACCGGGCCUUGGUGUCCAGGAGCGACUGUCUGUGUUACAGAGAACUGUGGCCCGGCUGGAGUUGGACGAGCGACAGCUACAGAGAAGGAACACUCAUCUGGAACAACGAUGUGACAAGCUAAAAACUGACAGGAAACAGCUCAGAGAGUUGCUGAAACAGGUGGAGCAGGAGAGAGAAACAUUACGUCAUCAUCUGUCCGAGUCCACCACCUCUAGAUCACAGGAUUCCAGAGGCCUGGAAACAGAGGAAUUAGAGCUGAAGAACCAGGUGAAGGAACUGGAAGACCAGGUGCAUUACCUACGAUUGACCCUGUCGCUGGACCACCGGGAGAGGGCAGAGUUCAUUGAACGCUCUUCUAGGAACAACCAAUGGCUGGCGUCUUUGCGGCAGGACCUGGCUGACUCGCUGUCUGUGGUCUCAAAGCAGCCAAUCCCGUCCGUGCUGGAGUCUGAGACACACCGAUUGGACCGGAGUGCCAGGGAGGAGGAGUUGAGACUAUCACUCAGUCACAGUUGAAGGAGAGGAAACGAAGAAGUCUGUGGCACCAAACAUUUUAAUUAGGGUUGGGGCGAUUUGACUUUGCAAUGGAGGCAACCAUUUAGGGAAGGGAAUUGUUUUCUACAAUCAUUGUAGUAUUCAUGAACAGAAUGGGCCCCAAGCCUGCUUUGCCAUCAUCUGUUUGUUGUGUCCGAUAACAAUCAAUAUCAAACUGUUACAUAAACUUAUUAUACAAAAGCUUAAACAAUGUUUUUACUAGAGCAUUGAACUUCUCAGGCUUAUGUUUACACUUAAUUUUUUUUAUGUUUUAACAUUAUUUUUUACAUAUAACAUAUUUAUUUUUUUGUCUGUCAUCGGUUUUAUCUAAUAAAUCUCAAACAUCACUUUUUCUGAUAUGAACAACAUUUUAGUGGCUGUUCAAAAUAUGUUAUGAUUCAAGUUUGUGUUUGCCAAUGGCAAGUUGAAUGUAUAUUAAAGUUCUACUAAACUUUCCAGCACAACA